AUGAGAGUGGCAGAGAGAAGGGAUUCAUGGGAGGAGGAGGAGGAGGAGGAGGAGGAGGAGGAGGAGGAGGAGGAGGAGGAGGAGGAGGAGGAGGAGGAUGCUGAGGAGGAGGAGGAGGAGGAGGAGGAGGAGGAGGAGGAGGAGGAGGAGGAGGAGGAGGAGGAGGAGGAGGAGGAGGAGAAGGAAGAGGAGGAGGGGAAAGAGAGGAGAGGAGGAGGAGGAGGAGGAGGAGGAGGAGGAGGAGGAGGAGGAGGAGGAGGAGGAGGAGGAGGAGGAGGAGGGCUAGUAUGGGUGCCAGGGGACACAGUGUAG